AUGACUAAAAAACAUCAACGAAAAACUGAAGAAGCUGAAAGUGAGAGUACUUCAGAGACUUCACGAAAAGCUUCAAAAAAACAAAAAACUGUAGUUGCACCUGCACGGCAUUCUGAACAUCUCCCUUCUGAUGCAUCUAAAUUCACAGAAAAAGAUAUUGUGGCACUUAAUGCGACCUUCAAACCGGCAGACGAGGAUGAGAUUAUCAUGCCUGAUGUUGAAGUCACGGACCCUCCGAGUCAAUACCUUCUCCCAGACAUCGGUCGUGAUGUUCUCGAAAAGCAAAAUUUUGAUAUUCGGAUGCUUAAUACUACAGAUAAAUUUGUAAAACAGUUCUUUUGGUCUCUAAACAGAGUUGUCGUGAAUUCAGGUCUUGACAUAGGAACGGUGGAAUCUAAGACCGACUCAUUAGUAAACCAUCUAUUAACUCGCGCACUUGGAUUCGAUGGAUGGCCAUUUGGUGUUAGAAUAAAAGAAAACUACAAGCUGGCCAUUGAUGAUAAGAAAGUGUCUGCAAGUCCUGAUUUUGUAGUGGAUAUGGGUGGAAUUACUAUUUUAGUAACAGAGGAUAAACAUUUGAAAAGGGUUUCGUUACCUGACUAUGGUGAAGCGCAAAUACUUGCUGAGUUACUCGCUUGUGGAUGGGAAAAUAUGAAUCGAUCUUGGUCUGGGAAAUAUAUCGAUCAGACUAUUUAUGCAAUCCGUUUCAUCUCUUCAUAUGUGACAUUUUACAAAGCUGAGAUUCCUAAAGCAUAUUGGAAAGAACUCAGGAGAGGCUUACCGCAUAAGCAAUCAAUUGAGAUCUUAAGAUGGCCGGGGGAAAAUACAAAAGAAUCUGGUCUAGAUUUAGCAGUUGCUGAAGAUAGGGAUAUAAUAUUCGAAGCUUUAACUAAACUUCGUGAAUAUUUUCUUUCAUUCGACUCCUCCACUACCACUUUUACCAAUGCUUCCUCCUCCACUACCAGCGCCACAGCACCUGCGGAACAGAGUAGCAAGAGUUAA